AUGCCAUUGUUUCACAUUUGCAGGCUGGCCCCUAGCAUAAAAACUGCUCUGGUGGAUCUCUGGAGCGCUUACUCAAAGCCAACCCCAGAGGCCUGCAAGGAGGUGCUAACCCUGCUGCUUCUAUGUUUUGUGAUCGCUGUGGUGACCGGCGGCAUCCUCUUCAAUUGGAUGUCGCAGAUGCUACGCUAUGACCACCUCACCGCCACCACUGUGGCUGGCCUCAGCGCUGUCGCGGCGUUCCUGCUCCUUUCUCUUGUCCACCCCUUUCGCUGCGUGUUCACCAUGAUCCUGGCCACACUCGGCACCAAGCAAGGCCACAAGCUCAUCCUCUCCACCUGCCUGAUGCUCCUGGCUCUCAACGUCAUCCCCAACAUUGCCGCCAAUGUGGGCGUGGUAGCGCACGUGCUAAAAUGCACCGCUGGCGGCCUGGCUCAAAGUCUCAUAAACUCAUCAGAACUGAUGAACAGAGCGAAAGGGGAGCUUGUCAAGGAGGCAAGUCAGACAAAUUUGGAUGUUACAUCUACCUUGAGGGAUUUCGAUCAUUAUACCUACAUAAAUGUGUCCGGGGUCAAGCAGAGAUUUGUUGUGGUGAGUCACCACAUUGAAAGGGACUUUUCCCAUGCCAAAAGUGUCCUGGAAGCAACCAAAUUGGUGGCAAACAGGCUACUGGCUGCAUUUUUUGUCGUUUACCUGUUUGUUGAGUCAGCUUGCUACUUAAAAGGAUACCUAACAAAUGUCAAAUUUGACAACGUAUACAUUACUGGUCAGCUGUUGCAUAUGACACGUGAAAAUGGUAUUCAAAUAUUGCCUGGCAAUACAAAAAACAUUGUUUAUUCUACAAGCUAUAAGAUUUCAAAACAGGAAUUUUAUAGAUGUCUUUUGCAGAUAGUGUUUAUAUCUCUGUACUUGGUUGCCGCUGUUUUUGUUGUUGCUUUGGAUUACAUUGUGUAUAAUGUAGUUAGAACAAGCCAAGCCUGGCUUUUGGACAUACCAUCAACUUCUAUCAGCAUCAGCAUUCUGUAUAAGGUAAAAUCCUCUGUCCCAGUGUCUUGUCUUCUCUUCUCCACCUGUGAGGGUACAGCUGUCGUGGACUUCCAGCGGGUCUACCCCUGGAACUUUAGCUUCGGGUCGGGACGUUGUGCUCUGGAGCCAUCUGAACCUGACAGAGGCGUGGCCGCCUUACUGGGGUUUCUCUUUGUGGUGGCUUACGUCAUGGUGUUACUGGAGGUCUACGCCAGACGCAUGCGCAGGAAAGUGUCUUCCUCCUUUUUCAAAAAGCAAGAAGAGAAAAGAAUCAAUUUCCUCUUCAAGAAAAUACUGGAGAAACAGGAGAAAGAGAAGAGUGGCAUUUUCUUCAUAGAGACCACGUAG